AGCAACAGCGCUCUUAGUAACAAAGGUCAAAAUCCAUACAAGAUUGUUGCUUUGCUCCUCCCCCUCCACUUAAAAUUGUUAUCAUCUAAAGCCGAAAUAUGCGUAUAUCUUUUGUGUACUUACUGACGUCAGCUAUAUGGAUUGCAACGCCCCCUUUAGUGUAUAUAUAUAUAUAUAUAUAUAUUGCGAGUAGUGUUACACAUCACGACACGACGACUAGUACUAGUACCGACGAAGAUGCAGGACGUAAUUGCAAGGUUCCGAACUUUCGAGGGUUGCCAAAUGCAAUACCCGACACCUAGGUGUAUGGCAUUUGCCGGCUUCCGUCGCCUCCUCGGGGUAAAUUUCUGCCAAGAUUGCAACCUCGUUGUGACAGACGAAUACCUGAGACUCUCAAACUCCAACGCCUCGGCAUUGGGAAUGUGGGUGCAUCCACAUAAACUCCACGCCGCCGCAUCUCCAGACUGCAAAUUUAUCAAGACAUAUCGGGACCCACGGCUGUUUGUGGAUUUCGACCCAGUAGUCUACGAGUCACCAGUUCACCCCACCAUGUGCAACGUUAUGGACAGAAUGACGUCAUUUGGAAGGUAUUCCAAGUACUACAAAGAGUUUGCAAACGCCGGAUUCUUUAUGAGAGAAUGCGAGACAGCCGAAGGAGACGUCACCUGCUUUUAUUGCGGAAUGCAGGCGUGGAUGGGAAACUUCAACGAAGAAGACCCCUGGGUGCUUCACGCUCGGCACUCGCCGCACUGCUUCGUCCUCCGAAUGCUCAAGAGCGAGGAUUUCAUCCGAAAGACUGUGACGGACUAUAGAUUAAGUGAACGAUUCUGGGCACUGGCGCUCCCCGAGGUGAAGAGUCUCUUGAUGGAGCGAACGACUCGUUCCAAGACACUGGACUAUCUCAGAAUGUAUUGUGACCUGUCGCGGCCGGACAACGUGAGGGACUUUGUGGCUGCAAUUUCGGACAAGGGAUACUACGACUUCCGAGUGCCCGCCAGACUAUUGAAUCCUGUGGUGAUCGCUCCGCCGUGCGUCCCUCUGGUUGACGGAAGAGAAGACGUCGACGCUCCCGACGAAUAAUAACAAUAAAUCGCAAUCAAACAAAAUAUGGUCCAAGUUUCUUUUCCAAUCUGGUCCAGACUAGAAGUGGUCUGUCGACCCUUUUAAAGAGUUCUUCGAUAGAGUGGGGAUGCGAGAGAACGAAAUGUAGAAAUUUACGUUCUUCUGGAUCGGCGUACACGUAGGGGUUGGUGCGAAGGGACUCGAGUUUGUUUUUUACGCGGAGUAACCAAGCGACGCCUAUAUC